AUGGCCCUUGCUGUAUUCGGCGGCGGGCCGCCCCCCUCGGCCGCCACCCUGGCAGCACUCGCGGCAGGCGGCGCCCUGCUGCUGCUGGUCGCGCGGGCGCUGCUGUCUUUCGUCACCGGCGUGCUGCGCCACCGCCGCAUCCCCGUCCCGGCGCCGCCAGAGUCCAGCCUGCUGCUGGGCCACGCCGGCACCCUCCUCGUAGACACCUCGCCCCUGAAGAUGGCCAAGUGGGUGCGCGAAUACGGACCCAUCAUAAAGGUCCGCAUUAUGAAUGACACAAUCGUGAUGCUCACGGACGCAGCAGCCAUCACGCGCCUGAACAGGCUCCCGGGAAUCUACAAGCCCAACCUGUACCGCGCCUUUGACCUGCCUAGCGCCCGCAACCCGAGCCUGUUCAGCGACGCUGGCUCGCCCUACCAAAAGGACGCCAAGGCCGAGUGCGGCCCCACCUCCUCCUUUGCAACUCGUCGUUCCGCGCAGGCGGUGCGUGCCGCCAUCGCGCCCUGCUUCAGCGUGUCCUCCCUAAAGAGGACGUUCCCCUGGCUGCAGCGCCUGUGCCAGCUGGCGGUGGCUGAGCUGGCAGCGGAGGGCCCGCGCGGCCCCGUUGACGUGAGCGAUCUGGCGGCGCGCCUCACGAGCGACACCAUAGGCGACGUGCUGCUGAGCAAGGACCUGGGCGCCAUGACACCGCAGCGCAGCGGCGCCCAGGAGGGCGGCGCUGGGGACGCCACCGACUACAUUGCGCUCGUGCGGCAGCUGCUGCUGGCCGUCCACGCGAAAAUGAACGACCCCUUCUACUCGCUGCGGCGGCUGACCGCCAAGGGGCGCGCGCACGAGGCGGCGUUUGCCGCGUGGGACUCUGUAAUGGACAGCAUUGCGCGCGACGUGCUGAAGACGACGCCCCCAGAGUACACACUGGCAGGCCACCUGCUGCGCGUCGUCGACCCCACCACGGGCAAACCCCUGACCCUGGACAAGCUCAAGGGGGAGCUCUCAAACCUGUACAUCGCCGGCUUUGAGACCACCUCCCACGCCAUCACCUGGACCCUGGGGCUGCUGGCCGCCCACCCGCAGCAGCAGGACGCCCUCGCGGCUGAGCUGGCGCGCGUCGGCCUCGCGCCCAGCGACGUGCACCCUGAGCCGCGCCCCUUUGAGUGGGGGGACCUCAGCCGUCUGCCGCUGCUCAACGCCACCAUCAAGGAGUCACUGCGCCUGUUUGCACCGGCGGCUGGUGGCAGCCUGCGUGCGCUGCCCUGUGACACCGAGAUCCUGGGCUACACGGUCCCCAAGGGCACCAUGGUGUCGCAGCCGCUGUUCUCCCUGGGCCGCGCCACCCGCAACUACGGGCAGGACGUUGACGAGUUCAAGCCCGAGCGCUGGAUCAGCGGCGGCGGCGACGACGGCGCGGCAGCGGACGGCGACAAGCCCAAAGCCGAGCUGCCCGACCCCCUGCCCUUCUCCGUGGGUCCGCGUGACUGCGUUGGCCGCGCCCUGGCGAUGCUGGAGCUGCAGGCUGUGCUGGCCACGCUGGUGGGGCGCUUCUCCUUCGCGCUGCCGCCAGGCGUGGAGGGCGAGGGCGUGGCGGUCCUGGAGGCGAUGGUGUGCUACCACAUCACACUGCAUGCGCGCAACGGCAUGCCGCUGCUGGUGACGCCGAGGGAGGCGUAA